AUGCCCAGUUGCACAUCAUCUGCCUCAUGCGCUAUCAGGAUUCUUUACCCUGACGGAGCAAUUAUGGAGCGUGGAACAACAGUUGCCGAAGAAUUAAGGAGAAAUGAAAAUCCGCAAUUUACAUUGAGUAAUCCACAAGAAGGAAAACAACAAGAAAUUAAUAUUCAGUCGGAACCAGCAAUGCCAAGUGCACUCCAAGUAAUUAAUAUACAACCAAGAAAAUCAUCAUCUAAGAGGAAAAGUUCCAGGAGAAAAAUUGAGGAGAAAAAAACCGAAGACGAUGCUCGGAAUGAGACAGGCCUAGUUUCUACUGACAUCGCAACCGCUUUGACUCCAUCCAGCACACCGAGAUCAGCAACUAAUGAUUCAGACGAUAAUUUACCUUGGUUAAUUACCCUUCUGUCUGGUGAGCGGUUUUGGUUCAAGUUAAUCAAACCACUUACAAAUAUCAGUAGUUCAGUUGAAGAUACUCCAACAACAAAUGCGUCAGACAGUGUAUCACAUGAGUCAGUGAACUUAGAUACUCUAAGUUCUAAACGCUUAAAUGAUGCAAUGAAAUAUGAAACAUAUCCGAGUAAACCAAUGGAAUCGUUCCGAGCCUAUGAUCCAGCCACUGGAGAAACAUUAUAUACACGGCCUGAAGACAAUUUAAUUGCUGUUGAACCUCAUCCAGAUAGUCCAUUCAAGUUGAUAGUACAACAUGCAGAUGGUACACGAUUAACGCAAAUCUUACUGGCAAGUGAGAAGCUGAAUGAUGAAUGCAAUUCUGUAGAUUUAAAUUCAAAUGCCAACAAACCUCAAAUGUUCAUUCGUACAGAGUGUGUCGGAUUUCCUGCUGUAAUAUUAAAUAAAUCAACCGGCGAGUUUGAAAUAUCUUUAUUUGGUAAAAGUCAGUUUUCAUCAACAUUUCACUUCACUCCGAAAGGUCAUCAUAUAUUACAGCAUUUCAAUGGUGGCCAGUUAAAUAUAAAUCCAGACAGUUCAGUAUAUUACACUAGCCAAUCUCUGGAGAUAGUCAAUCUCAAUGAACCAACUGUUUAUGAAAUGCGAUCUAAAGACACGGAAAGUUUGUUGGAGUGCACUGAUCCACACAAAAAUGUGUACACAGUUGACAACUGGGCAAAUUGUAAUGUUCUUUUAACUGUAGGUAAUAAAAAACAUACUGUUGAUGAAGACUCAAAUACUGAAGUCAAUCAAAUUUAUUCCACUGAAUUAACAAAUGAAAACAAUCAACAAAUUGAAGAUUCAUUUCACACUGUUUUACAAAACAAAGACAAUGCUGACAAUAAUGAAAUUAAUGAACCCCAUAAUAAUGAAAUAUCAAAUGAUGGUUGUUGUUUAUAUGAUGAACACAUACCGAGAUUAUUUUAUUUUGAUCCAAUUAAAAGAAUAGCUAUUGAACUCAUACAUCAUGAAGAAUAUAAGUGCUUGCUUCGAAGAGCUCAUAAUAUUCAAUCACCUCGUCAUCACAUAAAUAAAUUGACAAUGGAAGAAAAGUUGAUGUAUAUGAAUGCGAAAAGUCAAAACACUUCAACAUCAGAUAGUGAUUUUUAUGAAGGUUUAUACUUAAGAGAACCAAUGCAAAAUAAUCCCAAGGUCUUCGGCCUGACGCUGAUGAAGUCAAUAUCCACCAAUGAAACAGGAAAAUACUACGUUCAAGAAAAUAUUAUUCCUGAGGGUUUGAGCAGUCGGGAUUUCCAGACUAUAACACAUUCAUCAAAUUCAAACCCGCAUUCAGAUAUUCGAAAAUUAGGUGAAAGAGCCGGUAAAGGUCUAGAUAUCAUUAUGCCAUCUUUGGAAUAUCUUGGUUUAAAGCUUCCAGAAACAAACGUCAACCUUCUACCGGCACAAAAAGGCAAAUCGAUAAAACGCGAGAAUCAUAAAUUUAAUGCUUAUUAUCAAGCUCUUCAUGCAAAUGUAAGACGCUUUACUGAAUUCCCAUUAAUUACAUCCGAAAUUAAUCAAAGGUUUUUAAGUGUACUGUGCGCUUACACAGAAUACUACCUCAAUCGUUUAAAUGAAUGGUGCAGUCAACAACCAACAAGAUUAUCAGAAAUUAUGCAAUCUGAAUUAAGAUUGUUCUUGGAUCCAAUACCAACUGUAUCAAGUGUAUUAUCUAGAAAUAAGCAGAUAUCAGAUCCAAUUGAAAAUGAGAAUAUAACAGAUGUAUCCAGCUCCCCUAGUCAACAAACCACUGUCAGUCAAGAAAUAUCUCAACCAACUAACAAAUAUUCGCCAGCUAGACAAGAAGCAUUCAAACUAUUGCGUCAAGAGAUUGAGAAAGCAAUGAGAGAUAGAGCAGCACUUAGGAGUACUCAUACACCUAACUACUUUCGGUCACAGGAAGGAAUCGGAUUUUUGCUGUCACAAAUCCCCGAUGUGAAAAAAUUGUCUAAAUUAGUGCCAGAAUUAAGUAAUCUGCCAAGUCGAAAUCCUAAACAAAAUGAUAAAUCAACCUUAACAGAACAAUCGACUCUAAUUCUUAGUGAUUCUCCACCAAAUAUACCCAGUCCAUUAUUAAGAUCAACAGAGAAUGAUAAUGAGUUAAUCACAGAGAAAAUAACAGGAAAUACAAAUAAUAGCCAUUUAACUAUGAAUAAACUUAUCUAUAAUGACAGUUAUAAAACUGGAAUGAAAAUGUCAACUAGAGAAACAACAAAAAAAUGUUUUUAUUAUUAUGAUAUUGACCCGUCGCAAAUUAAAUAA